GUUAUACGAAAUAGCCGGGAGUGUGGACUAUGUUUGUAGCUCACACACAUUCACCUUAACACACAGUAGCCGCCGCCCCUCCAUUCCACGAAUUUAAAUAAAUCCAUUUUCAUUCUUUAUUUCCCGAUCUUAAUCAUAUUCCAGUGAAGAAGAUUCCAAGGAUCUGUGGGCGGCGAGCUGCUUGAUUUUCAUGAUUGUGUUGUCUUCAAGUAAUCAGAUUUGAAUGCAAUUAUUAGAGACAUUAUAAUGUAUUUGUUUGUUUAGUGGAAGCAAAAUGGAAAUUUGUCAACGCCAAUGGUUCUAGAAGCUAGCCGACGGCGGUUUCAGUUUGUUUACGUGAUUCCUUUUGUUACUAGACGAGAAAAUCAACUUUAACAAAGCUUCUGUGAAGUUGUACAUCAAAAAUUUGAUUGGAUAUGGAAUCAGCUGCUAAAUCAGUAGAUGAAGUUCUGGAAGAGAUAAUGAGAAUUCAUAAGUCUCUUCCUCCACGACCGGGAAUUGAUGAUGUUGAAGGUGCGAAAAUACUCAUCCGAAACUUGGAGGUCGAAGAACAAGCGAAGUUCGAUUCCAUAGUUAGACAAAAGAAGCGAAAAGAAGUUACUGAAGAAUUAUUCGCCAUUUUGGUUGAGAUGCAGAAGAAUUUCGUCCGUUUCCAGAGUGAAGAACAAAAGAAGGAAGCGAUUAAAUUACUGGAUCUCGAAAAUUACCACCAACUGUUCGACGAAAUGAUUCAAAGAGCUUCCAGUUGUUGUGACAAUAGCACCCAAUCAGUUGCAUCAACUUCGAGCAAUUCUUUCUCUUCCUUCUCCACUUCAAAUUUUAGCAACGCUUCACCACACACGGUGACUCUGCCUCCGAAACCGAUUUCAAUCAAAACUUCUGAGUUGUUGACUAGAGAUGAUAGCUACGUGACAAAAUCCAAGCCAAUCUUCAAUGGCGAUGUGAUAAGAACAGGGCUUCAAUCAAACGACGUGUUCAGGCCCCGGAUUGUGGAUUCCUCUCUAAAACCUGCAACUACUUCCGGCCAUAAUGAAGCAAAACUGAAUCUCAUGAAGCUCGCUAGUCUAAUCGAAGUUUCUUCAAAGAAAGGAACCAAAGAUCUCAAUCUCUGCAACAAAUUAACUGAUCAAAUCGAAUGGCUUCCCGAUUCAAUAGGGAAGAUCUCCACUUUAAUCACACUCGAUCUAUCAGAAAAUCGUCUCGUUUCUCUACCAUCUUCCAUAUCAGCCCUUUCAUCAUUAACAAAACUAGAUUUACAUUCCAACAAACUCAUCCAACUCCCAGAAUCUUUAGGAGAUCUUCUUAAUUUAAUCCAUCUUGAUCUUCGUGCAAACCAGUUAACAUCUCUUCCUCUUACAUUAACCAAAUUGAUCCACCUCCAAGAACUUGAUUUAAGCUCAAACAACCUAUCAAUUCUCCCCGAAUCAAUCGGUUCUCUCAUCAAUCUCCAAAAACUAAACAUCGAAACCAAUGAAAUUGAAGAAAUCCCACAUGUUAUUGGUCAAUGUGUAUCUCUGAAAGCGCUUCUUGCAGACUACAACAAGCUUAAAGCUUUACCAGAAGCUGUAGGAAAACUCGAGUCAUUAGAAAUCCUUUCUGUUCGAUACAAUAACAUUGGAAGAUUACCAACUACAAUUUCAUCACUGAUAAGUUUAAAAGAGCUUAAUGUAAGUUUCAAUGAACUCGAAUCAGUUCCUGAAAGCUUAUGUUUUGCUACUACCCUUGAGAAAAUCAACAUCAGCAACAACUUUGCUGACUUAAGAUCUUUACCAAGGUCAAUUGGUAACCUUGAGAAUUUGGAAGAGUUGGAUAUGAGCAACAAUCAAAUCAGAAUCUUUCCAGAUUCUUUUAGGAUGUUAUCAAAGUUAAGAAUCUUGAAAACUGAAGGGAAUCCUUUAGAAGUUCCACCAAAACAUGUUCUUGAUAAAGGCGCUCAGGCUGUUAUCUUGUACUUGAAUGAACUCCAUGAGAAGGUGGAAGAGAAGAUUCAACCAAUCAAAAAGAAGAAAUCUUGGACUCAAUUCUUUUUUUCAAUUUUUCAUGAGAUGCUGAGCUGUCAUGGGCUGGAACAAACCUAAUAAGUUCUUGAUGGGUCUAAUCUUCAAGUAUGUAUCUUUUCAUUCCUUUUAUACAGAUAUACUUUAAUUUUAAUUUUAAUUUUACUUUUAAUUUAAUACUCUAUUAUUAUAUCUUGUUAUUUAUUGUGAAAAAUCACGUCAUCAAUGAGUCACUGUAUAAAUUUUCAACGUGAAUUAAAACGACCGUUAUUAAAUUUCUACAGUGACUUGCUGUCUAUUUAUUUGCUGUAAAUCUGUAAAAAAAAAAAUGUAUUUAUUUAGUUUCUUUUACUUGUUAUUGUUGAUGUGUAUUUGUUACUUUUGGUUUCCAUUUGCAUAAAUGAAAAUAUAAGUUGUAAUAAAUGUUAAGAGAAAAAAAAAACGUAUGGUGACAAAAAAAAUGUUUUGAAAUGAAAAAAACAUAUGGGGCCACGUGUCUAUAUCCCAUCAUGAGAAGUGUAUUGGGAAGAAGGUAUAAUAACCGUUGUAAGUCAAUAAAUAGUUCGGUUGUUGUGAACAUCAGAACACUGUUGUGUUAACAAUUACAUUGUAAAAACUCAUUAAGAUUAGGUAGUCCAAGAUAAUUUUGUAAAGGUUUUUGUUUAUGUAAAAGGGAAAGAGAAAUUAAAUAAACAUAUGCUAAUAAAAAAUGAGCGAGUUAUACGUCUAAAAAUGAGUUUUUUACUUGUUUAGGGGACAUAGGAUAUUUGUUACUCUUAAUUUUUGUUGGGGUCAUGUGUUGAUCACGAUGGGGUUGGCCCUUGUCUAUUCCAUCACAAGAAGUGUAUAAUCAAUAAAUUGUUCGGUUGCUGUGAUAAUUGGAACAACAUUGUGUUUGUCGUAUAUUGGUGUGUAUAUUAUUAAAUAUUAAAAUAUGUACUUCAAUUAUUAUUUCAUCUAUAAUUAACCAAUUGGACCAAACUUGAGCGAAAUAACCCUUUAACCGAUUCGACCAAGCUUUAAAGAGCUAUUUUGGAUAUAAUUGGAAACAUUACGAGGCACCAAUUUAGUAGAAGUGUCACGAAGUUGAAAUUGGUGAUGGAUUGGCAUCGUCUUAAUGGUAUGAUCAAGAACUUUACCAUGUAUAAAGUGACAAUCAAGUUUGAUGUGCUUUGUUUGUUCAUGAAAUGUUGGAUUUAAAAUUUGGUUGAAUGACAUAAGUAUUAUAUGAGAGUAAGAUCAUGAUGAAUGUGUAAAUGUUGUAACCAAAUCACUGGUUACAAUGACAAUUGCAUGAUAUUCAACUUAUGAAUGAG